GUCCCCGUCCGCGCGGAUGGGGCGGGGCCUGACGCGUCACGUGAUGCUCGCUGCCGCCGGCCAUUGGCCGGAAGCGCCGCCCCGGAAGCGCGGGGCCGUUCCGGUGCGAGCGCAGCUGGUGGAGCGUCACCAGGUCACCGGAGGAAUUCGUCAGGACGGUGUUCCACGCAUAUCCCAGGGAUCGGUGGUGCAUCAGGCGGAGGAGGCAGCCAUGGUGUGCAUUCCCUGCAUCGUGAUCCCUGUUCUGCUCUGGGUCUACAAGAAGUUUGUGGAGCCCUACAUCUACCCCAUGAUCGCCCCCUUCAUCAAGCGUGUCUGGCCCAAGAAGGCUGUGCAGGAGCCACCAGGCACCAAGCAGGGCCCAGGAGGCAGCACUGGGGACCCCAGGGCACCUGCAGCCACCAAAAGAGACCAGGAGGAUGGAUCUGGAAGCCAUAAAUUGGAAAGCAAUGGCAUUGCAAAUGGAAGUGCUGCAAAGAGAUCCACUGCAGUAUAUGACAAGAAAACGGCUUAAAGGAGUUAAUUCCUAAGGAUUUUAUUUCCUCAUGUCCAGUAUGAACUGCUGAUAUUCCUCUCAAUUUGAGACUUUUUUCUUUGCACAUUUUAGCUGAAUAAAAAACUUAAUUGCUUGCAGGAGAGAGUCUCUCUUGCCACUAAAAUGGCAGAUGGUGCAUUUGUUUAUUUAAAAUAUUUGAAAGCUGAUGUUCUUGUAUUUUUCUCGCUGGAACUACUUUUCAUCUGCCAUCUGUUUGGUGUGAUUAGUGUUUAGGUUAAAUAACGUAAGAAUAAAUCUGUCUAUGGAAGGCAAAUGUAGCUUAGCAUCUUGAUGUCACUAAGUGCUAGUGCAGUACUUGAGGCUUUCACCUUAAAGGCUUUAUCUGUUCCUGGUGAAGAACUGUGGACUGCAUUGAGACAACAAAAGCUCAUAAUUUAUCUAUGAACAGUUUAGAUUUUUCGUGUCAAAUCUAUGGAUGAGCUAGAGGAGUUAUGCUGCAUACAAAAUUUACUUAGCUUACUGAAAGCAGAAAGUCUUGAUGUGAUACUUUCCUUAAUUAUUUUCCUUGAAAUAUUAUGCCUUUUUUUUUUCCUGAGGCAUGAUGCAAGAGAAUGUUGCUUUAUGUUCUGUUGUAGUGAUUUAUAAUGGUGCAGUUCUGGCUUUAAAAAAACAAACCCAACCUCCAACUGAAACCUCUUUAACAUGCUUGUGGAAUUUUCAUGAUAAUAAACUGGGAUUUUACUUAAAAAUAA